GAUUACAGCCGAAGACAUGGUUCAGCAAAGUAUUGCAAAUAAAACACAGGAAUCGGAAGUAACUAUAAUGAACCAAAUGACUCAGAUGUUUAGCCAAUUGUAUAGGUCCACAUUUGUUGAUAACAACACAGCUCAACAGCAACGCGAAUUUCGGAACAAUUCAGGGCAUGUGAACUUCCAAAACAGUCAGGUUCAAAACAGUCCGCGAGUGAGGAACUCUCCUCGAAGCGAUCUUUCCGAUCUUUCUUUAGAUCGUCCUGACAGAAUUUCAAACGUCAUUUCAAAUUGGCGAAUCAAGUUCAGUGGCUCAGCUAACGACAUCGCAGUUGAGGAUUUCAUAUACCAAGUUAACUGUCUGACCACUCAAAGCCUGAAUGGAAAUUUCGAGUUGCUGUCGCAGUUUGCUAACUUGCUCUUUGCAGGGCCAGCCUUAUCUUUUUACUGGCGUGUCCAUAAGGCCGAGGAUGUUAUGAGCUGGAAUGUUUUGUGUAGGCAUUUAAAGGAAAGAUACUCGGAUCAGAGAUCAGAUCGCGAGAUUAAAAGCGUUAUGCGUCGUCGUAAGCAGGGUUCAAAUGAAACUUUUGAUGAGUUCCUCGACGCAAUGCUUAUCAUAGCCAAUUCCCUUCGAGAGCCUAUGCCUGAUAGCGAGUUAACUAGCGAUCUUAAGCCAGACCUAAAACUUGAAUUAUUGCAUGCUGACACCCCUACUUUAGAAAGUUUGUGUAAGUCGUGUCAUCGCCACGAAUAAUUCUAUCGUAGCACACGUUUCAAGGCAGUUCAACGACCCAGUUCCAGCAAACCCUUU